UCUCUCUCUCUCUCUAUAUAUAUUUUCGUCUCUCUCCGUUAUUGCAGCCACCUUGUCCGUUCACUCAAAAUACUUCAUGGGGUUUUCCUUUUUCUCUCUCUCCUAAAACCCUUUAAAAAUCUGUGGAGAAAACUGAAGUGAGGGGUUUUGAGAAGAGAAUUUCAAGAAUUCAAAGAAAAUGGUGGAAAAAAGGAAGUUAAACAAAAGGGUCUUUGUUAGUGAAGAUGAUAUGUCUACUCUCUUACAAAGGUAUACAACAACGACGAUAUUGACACUGUUGCAAGAGGUGGCACAAGUUGAAGAAUCGAAAAUUGAUUGGAAUGAAUUGGUGAAAAAGACCACUACUGGGAUUACAAAUGCUAGAGAGUAUCAGAUGGUGUGGCGCCAUUUGGCUUAUCGUAAAGUAUUGCUUGAUAAAUUGGAUGAUGAUGCUCAGCUUCUGGAGGAUGAUAGUGAUCUAGAAUAUGAAUUGGAAGCUUUUCCUCCUGUAAGCAGUGAGGCUUCAGCAGAGGCUGCAUCCUUUGUGAAGGUAUUUAUUGCUUCUGGGGCUCUAUGUGAUUCAAAUAUGUCAAAUGGAGAUACAGUUGAGGGUUCAUUGACUAUACACAUACCCAAUGGCCAAACAUCUGGAACUGUUGCAGCAAACUCACUCCAUGGUAUUUCAGCUUAUGGGACAAAACUUACGGUCCCGGUUACAGUGCAAACGCAGCCACUUCCUUCUGUCACGGUUGCUGAGGGUUUGGACACCAGUGGACCAGCUAGUGCCAACUAUCCUCCUCGGCGAAGACGAAAACCUUGGUCUGCAGCAGAGGAUAUGGAACUCAUUGCUGCAGUACAAAAGUUUGGUGAAGGAAACUGGGCAAAUAUAUUGAAAGCGGAUUUUAAGGGAGACAGAACCGCUUCACAACUCUCUCAGAGGUGGGCAACUAUUAGAAAGCGACAUUGGAACAUGGUCGGAAAUAGCUCACAGCUGUCGGAGGCUCAGCUUGCUGCUCGUCAUGCAAUGUCCAUGGCUUUUGGGGAUAAUUUAAGAGCAGCGUGUCCAAUCAGCCCUUAUGCUGGGCCAAAUUCAGGCGGUGAACCUAGUAACUCUUCGCAUUUUGCUGCUGCUGCUGAUAUUGCAUCAGUUGGUCCACAAUCUAAGCAUCAGCAAGAUUUAGUACCUUCAAAACCUAUAACCCCAAAAAAUCCAUUACCAAAGCCUGCUAUUAACCCAAAUCCAAUGGUCAAAGCUGCUGCUAUGGCUGCAAGCGCACGCAUUGCUACCCAUUCAAGUGCUGCUGCCUCGCUGCAAAAGGCUGCACAGUCUAAAAAAGGCGUCCAUAUCAUGCCUGGAGGAACUCCUGAAGUCAAAUCAUCUGUGCCAGGUAGCUUUAAUGGUUUGCCCAGUAAUGUGCAUUUCAUUCGAACUGGCCUGGUGUCUCGUCCCGCUGGCCCCUCAAAUGCCUCACAGUCUGGAAUUCAGCAAUUGCAGGCUCUAAGAUCUGCAUCACCUGCAGUUCAACCUAAACCAACGACUGUGCCAUCCAGAACAAAUACUUCAUCUGGGGUUGGCAGUGCCCUUUCAUCUUCUCCAACGGCCGUGCUCGAAGUAAAAUCAAAAGCAGCCGUUAUCCAAGAAAAUAAAACUGCUGUUCUGUCUAAGGCAAAGAGUGAGAAAACUGAAGUUAUUCGAGCUGCUUCAUUGGCGAAGACACCAGAACAGCAGGUCCAAAAAGUUCGAACUUUUGGUUCAGGCAACCUGUUGACAGCGAAAGUUGAAGGUCAAGAACUUGGGGGAGAGAGUAAAACUUCAAGAAUUCGAAUUCAGGAAAAGCUAAUCCCAAGUCAAGUGAGUCCCAGCAAUAAGAAUGAGAACACUAAAAUAGAAUUAGCAGUCAAAAACACUGGUGUUCAAGGUCCUGCACCUGUGACAUGUAAGAAGAUGUUCAAAAAAAGUUGAGGAAGGCGUUUUAGGCGAGACACAUUUGGGAACUGAGGAUGUGGGAGAGUAUAAAAUAGCUUCACUGGCUGGACCUGCUCUGUAUGUAAUUUCUAAUUCGUACCAGCUAUUUUGUGCUGACUUUUACCCUCAACUUUGUAAAUGUAUUCUCCUAAAGUCUCUUGUCUAUACUUGGGUGACAAUUCAAAAUUCUUUCAUGUGUUCCCUUGUUGAGGGUUGAAUA